UGGCUGGCUUUCUCAGAUGUCUCGCACAGAUACACAUAUGACUGCGGGCUGCCGGUUGGUCCGGAGUAGUGAACGUGCAGCAGCAGGCUGUGGUGAUCCCCAAUUGUUUCGCAAAGCAAUUCCAUUAAAAAAUCAUCAACUUGACUUCUAUGGCUAGUCGUCAACGCAUUGUCCUUUGAAAAUCGGAUCUGGAAUUUCACCUUACGCAUUGCUGCGUCAUUCUGACAGUCUUCUUCUACUGCAGAAGCUUUACGUCCAUGUAGUAUUUCCACAGCAGCAUCACACACUUCAACAUCGCCUUGCAUGUGCCGUAUCACAUCGUAGUUACUGUAGCUUUUCAUUUCUGCCUGUCUUUGGCCCAAUAGAAACCAACAGUCCAACCACGGAGCACCGCACAUCAAAGCAGUGACCAUGGUGACGGACCGCAAGACUGCAGCGAAGGAGACCACCUCGACCCUCGUCUCCUCCGUUGCAGUUGCCACUGAAAACGGCAGUGAAGACCGUGAUUGGUACAAGCUACAGGUGACGUUCCAGGCUUCCCCCGAGACCAUGCUGCUUGGCUAUGCAGAGAUGAGUGCGGCGUGGCGGUUGUUCCUAUUCGGCAACGGCUCGCCCACGCAUCAUUUAGGGCUCCUUACGGGCUCCCCCACCGAGGUGGAUGUGCUUGGGAUGCUGCCGGUAGGAAACAGCGCGGACAAUGCACCGUCCGAGAUUGAAGCCAUUGUAGCACCACGUUGUAGACGCCAAGUUUUCCUGCGCAACGCCCGUGGCGAACGUCUGGGCUACGCAGCGUCGUGGAUCAACGUGGGGGACGUGGGGGCAGUGUUUAAGGACACCAAGAUUCCUAUCGGCAAGAAUAUUCUACAGCACAAGACAGAGCUGUAUCGUGACAUGAAAAGCGUCUUCUGUGGUCACUCGACCGAGUUGGAGAAGGCCUUUGGAGCGCCUGGGCCCUUCUGGGGUCGCUCUUACCUCUUCUGGAACGGAGGAAGGCCUGUGACCUUCAUCUACGAGGUCUUCUCGCCUGCACUGGAGAAGUAUAUGGGCAAAGUGCUGCAAUAGAUGACGCAACAUCCACUAGAACGUGAUAUGAACAACACAAUAGACAACCACCUGCCAGCUAAUGUCCACUAGGUGAGUCUAUUGCAGCCUCUGCGUUAUGAAUCGAACAGGUUCACGUCCGUACAGGCUCCUCUCUACAUUGGCUACGCUGUACCUCGUGCAUACUUGCUCGCC